CAAGACCGCAAGAGCAGCUUACAUCGCAGAUCGGCGUCGCACUUGUGCCAUGCAUAUCUACCAGUUCAAUCAUGCGCGCGCGACGCUCUCUCAGAUCUGGUCUUUGAUGUGUCCAGCAGUCCCGCCCGUUCUGUGUUCCGCCGACUCAGGCAUCCAUCCGGCCUCGAUGAUCCCGUCCGAGACGACUUUCUCUGACUCCGUGAUGGGCUGCAAUAUUGUACACCCUUCUUCGUAUCUCGUGC